UUUUUUAUUCAAGCGCACUUUUCGAGGAGUCAAGUUACGAAACGUUACUUCGUUGUUUAGAACCUCUAAAAAGAAAUAAUCAUGCGUGAAUGUAUCUCUGUACACGUGGGCCAAGCCGGUUGUCAAAUUGGUAAUGCUUGUUGGGAAUUGUACUGUUUGGAACAUGGAAUCCAACCUGAUGGGCAAAUGCCAAGUGAUAAAACAAUUGGUGGUGGUGAUGAUUCCUUUAACACUUUUUUCAGUGAAACUGGAGCAGGAAAACAUGUUCCUCGGGCUGUGUUUGUGGAUUUGGAGCCAACUGUAGUUGAUGAAAUUCGAACUGGAACUUAUCGCCAGCUCUUCCAUCCAGAACAACUUAUCACUGGCAAGGAAGAUGCUGCAAACAACUAUGCCCGUGGACAUUAUACAGUUGGAAAAGAAUUGAUUGACCAGGUAUUAGAUAGAACAAGAAAACUUGCUGAUCAAUGUACUGGCCUUCAAGGUUUCCUGAUUUUCCAUUCCUUUGGUGGCGGUACUGGCUCUGGUUUCACCUCGUUGCUUAUGGAGCGCUUAUCUGUGGAUUAUGGAAAGAAAUCCAAGUUAGAGUUUGCAAUCUACCCUGCUCCACAAGUCUCCACUGCUGUUGUUGAACCUUACAACUCAGUUUUGACCACUCAUACCACCUUGGAGCAUUCUGACUGUGCUUUUAUGGUUGAUAAUGAGGCUAUCUAUGACAUCUGUCGAAGAAAUUUGGACAUCGAACGUCCAACAUACACCAAUUUAAAUCGUCUUAUUGGUCAAAUAGUGUCUUCCAUCACUGCCUCGUUAAGAUUUGAUGGUGCAUUAAAUGUGGAUCUUACAGAGUUCCAGACCAACUUGGUGCCAUAUCCUCGUAUCCAUUUCCCACUUGCAACUUAUGCUCCUGUAAUCUCUGCUGAAAAGGCAUACCAUGAGCAGCUCACUGUCUCAGAAAUCACCAACGCUUGUUUCGAGCCAGCUAACCAGAUGGUGAAAUGUGAUCCUCGUCAUGGAAAAUACAUGGCUUGUUGUCUGUUGUUCCGUGGUGAUGUCGUACCUAAGGAUGUGAAUGCUGCUAUUGCUACAAUCAAAACAAAACGCACAAUUCAAUUUGUUGACUGGUGUCCAACUGGUUUCAAAGUUGGAAUCAACUAUCAACCACCAACUGUUGUUCCUGGUGGAGAUCUUGCCAAGGUGCAACGAGCUGUGUGUAUGUUAAGCAACACCACUGCUAUUGCAGAAGCUUGGGCUCGUUUGGAUCAUAAAUUUGAUCUGAUGUAUGCAAAACGUGCUUUUGUCCAUUGGUAUGUUGGGGAAGGUAUGGAAGAAGGAGAGUUUUCCGAGGCUCGUGAAGACAUGGCGGCAUUGGAAAAGGAUUACGAAGAAGUUGGUGUUGAUUCAGUUGAUGAGGGAGAGGAAGAAGAAGGCGAUGAAUAUUAAAACUGUAAAAGUUGUUAUUUGAAAAGAUGUGUACAUUUAA